CAGGCAAAAUGUUGUCCAGAUUAGACAGCCAAAGGCCAUAGUGAAAUGACAAUACAUAUAAUAAAGUGCGGGGAGCGCUCAUGAGACAGUCGUGCCAUCGUCUGCUCGAACACCAGCAGGCAGGCGAGGAGGAGCCGCCGCUUUAUUCGCCCAUUGACCGAAUUUCAGUGGUACCAGAUCAUGUGGCCCGGGAGGCUGACACCAAGCUGACCCGAUAUGCGACGACGGAGGAAGACGAAGCCACUCUGAGGGAGCUACUACUUAGCCUACAACGACAGGUCAGCGUGAUGAGCAUGAACCUCUCGCAAAAGCUGGACGACCUGCAGCGAGGUGACCGCCAGCUGGAGACGACGGUGGCCCUCUGCGAGAUCCGCACCCAACUGCAGGAGCUCACCAAGAGCGUGGAGUCAUGCCAGAGCGAGGUGUCGGAGGUGAAACGUGACAUGGUCGCCAUCAAGCAAGAGCUGGACACCGUGCAGCAGGUCAAGGAGGAGAUCGAGGAGCUGCGCGAGUACGUCGACCGGCUGGAGGAACACUCGCAGAGGCGGAAGCUGCGGCUGCUGGAACAGCCUUCGAACAAGUCCAUGGAAACAGAGAAAGAGAAACGUGGAAAAGGUUUGACUUUCUUCCUCUCCUACGCCAUCUUGGCCGCUGUGCUUGGCAUGCUUCAGUUCGGAUACAACACUGGCGUCAUCAACGCUCCCGGCAGGAAUAUCGAAAACUUCAUGAAAGACGUUUACAAAGAUCGCUACGGGAGAGACAUCACGGAGGAGACGGUCAAGCGGCUUUACUCCAUCGCGGUCAGCAUUUUCGCUAUCGGCGGCAUGCUUGGCGGAUUCUCGGGCGGCAUGAUCGCGAACCGCUUCGGAAGGAAGGGGGGCCUGCUCCUCAACAACAUCCUGGGCAUCAGCGGCGCCAGUCUCAUGGGCUUCACCAAGAUUUCCCACUGCUACGAGAUGCUGUUCUUCGGGCGGUUCAUCAUCGGAGUCAACUGUGGACUAAACACUUCCCUUGUGCCAAUGUACAUAUCCGAGAUUGCUCCCCUGAACCUGCGAGGUGGCCUUGGCACCGUGAACCAGCUGGCUGUGACCGUCGGCCUGCUGCUAUCCCAGGUGCUUGGCAUUGAGCAGAUCCUUGGCACGGACGACGGCUGGCCUAUCCUUCUUGGUCUGGCAAUCUGCCCAGCCAUCUUACAACUGCUGCUGCUGCCGGCGUGCCCCGAGUCACCGAGAUACCUGCUCAUCACGAGGCAGUGGGAGGAGGAAGCCCGCCGCGCCCUGAGGCGGUUGCGGGCUAGCAAUCAGGUAGAAGAAGACAUCGAAGAAAUGAGGGCGGAAGAGCGGGCGCAGCAGGCGGAGGCUUCCAUCUCCAUGCGGGAGCUGCUGUGUUCUCCAACUCUUCGGGCGCCCCUGCUCAUUGGCGUGGUGAUGCAGCUGUCACAGCAGCUGAGCGGUAUCAACGCGGUGUUUUAUUACUCAACGUCACUGUUCACAUCCUCGGGACUCACGGAGGAGGCGGCCAAGUUCGCCACCAUGGGCAUCGGCGCCAUCAUGGUCGGCAUGACCCUCGUAUCACUGCCACUUAUGGAUCGCACUGGACGGAGGACCCUUCACCUGUACGGGCUCGGCGGCAUGUUCAUCUUUUCAAUCUUCAUUACAAUUUCAUUUUUAAUAAAGGAAAUGAUUGACUGGAUGAGUUACCUGUCCGUGGUCUCCACGCUGAGUUUCGUGGUGUUCUUCGCCGUGGGCCCAGGCUCGAUACCGUGGCUGAUCACGGCGGAGCUGUUCUCGCAGGGGCCGCGGCCUAGCGCCAUGGCCAUCGCUGUGCUGGUCAAUUGGAUGGCCAACUUUGUCGUCGGCAUCGGUUUCCCUAGCAUGAAGGCGCUACUGGAAAACUAUACAUUCCUGCCUUUUAGUGUAUUCCUUGCAAUUUUUUGGAUAUUUACGUAUAAAAAAGUUCCUGAGACGAAAAAUAAGACGUUCGAAGAAAUUUUGGCGCUCUUUAGAAACUCCAACGGGAGUAUCAGAGCAAUCAUCGGGUGCGGGCGACGCGGGCCGCCCACCUCCGCCCCUCCCGCCGCCCCGUUUUCCGGCCCCGGGCAACGUCUGACAAUGGGAUCCACCCGCGCGCGCGCCGCUCGUCGCUCCCAUAAAGGCCGCUGCCAACUUCUUGUUUCAUGGACUGAGGCGCAAUGCAGCCCGUGCCCCUAUCACCACACAACAAAUGUUCUAAAUCUAUGUGAUUAGGUAUAAUAGGCUAAGUCACGAGCGUUAGCGUUAGAGAGGGCGGAGAGUUCUGCUUUAGUUGCGGAGUGACGUGAAGUCUCACAUGGCGACCCUAUGUGAACGUUUACACAUAUAUUUCUUUAGCAGUCUUUUAUUACCAGCAAAC